GGGAAAGUUUAAUGUGGGUAUUCUGUAUUUUGCUGUGGUAUUAGCAGAGGUCUGGCUGACGUUGUGUAUCUCCCCUGAGGGCCCACGAUGUACAGAACCAGCACCAGUGACGGGCUCAAGAGUGUUGGAGUAGCCGGGGACUUGAACUCCCAACCCAUCCUAUUGACUGGCCAGGGUAGUUCGAGGCUAAGGGAAGAGAGCAAAAAAAAAACAAAAACACCUUCUAAAAUGGGGAAAACGAGCUUCAGGUAUGGAGGGUACAUUCCAAAGUUACAAAGCCGGCUAGGAGAGACCUAUGGCAAUGCUACUCUUGGACUCCUGUCAUAUGAACCUGGACAGCCCAAGGCACCACGUUUAACUCUGACUCAAACAAAAGCAUUGUACAAUCCCCAGGUGCCAAGGCAUCUGCUGAAUAGGACCUAUGGUCAUCCAGAAAUUACCACAUAUGCGGGGCAGGUGCAGAAUACAAACAUUAAAAACGGCUAUUUCUAUCCGAGAGAUGGCAAAUAUCAUUUUGCUCUGAAGGAUUGUGUAUACGACAACAAUCCUGAAGCAACAUCUGCCAUUCAGACCAUAGAAGAGUUGAAGCAACGCGAAAUGAUGGAGUGUAACAGGAGUGACCUGAUUGCACCAAAUAUAUCAUCAAGGCCUAAAACUGCCUUUGCACAAGAUGAAAUUAAACCACCAGAUAGUUGUGCUUUCAUCCCCAUGAUUUAUGAACCAUCUAUUGAUCCCUGUCACCCAAGGAAAAUGGAUUUAUUCCAAACUCCAGAUCAAAAACCAGUGGAGCAGCAUAGCAGGAUAAUUUAUAAACCUGAUUCUUCACUUCACCCAACCUAUAAUGGUUUUGUUCCAGGCCAGCAGUUUAAGUUCGGAAAGAACUGGGGACACAGUACUUACAAUGCUCUGGGCAUUGGUGAGGAGAAACCACAGCCACCGUGUCCCACUUGAUUUGGGAACGAGCCUUCGGCUGAACACAGGGUUGCACUGACUUCAGUUAGAACAUCAAUAAAUGUGUGUGUGUCUUCGGACAAUCAGAUUGCCCCAAAAUCAAACCAGUUGUUAAGUUGACUAUGUUUACUGAAUGCCAUAAAACUAAAGUUGGAAUUCAUUCUUUUACACAA